GUCACUCACCACGACACUCCUGCCUCCUUGAGAGAGAAGCAACCUGGUAGGAGGGAAGGAGACGUUGCUCUGUGUACAGGAAAAGCCGUGCUUGAGGUAGCAAAAAAAAAGAAAAAAAAAAGGGCUGAACCACCUGCCGCCCCUGUUAAAAAGUCUGCUUCUGGAGCAGAGAAGUGUCUUCAUGGCCGUUCGUAGAGGACACAUUCAGUACUUGGAUCAGGAGGCAUAUGACAUGUCCAACGGUUACGACAUGCCAGGCGAGGAUGCCAAGGACGCCAAGACCAACCUGAUCGUCAACUACCUGCCGCAGGGUAUGUCGCAAGAUGACCUGCGCAACCUCUUCAGCAGCGUCGGCGAGGUGGAGUCGGCCAAGCUGAUUCGAGAUAAAGUUGGAGGCCACAGUUUAGGGUAUGGAUUUGUUAACUAUGUUAACCCUAGUGAUGCAGAAAGAGCUAUCGAAUCACUGAACGGACUAAGGCUACAUUCCAAAACUAUCAAGGUGUCAUACGCACGGCCCAGCUCUGAUACCAUCAAGGAUGCCAACCUGUACAUCAGCAGCCUGCCCAGGUCCAUGUUGCAGAAGGACGUGGAGGAAAUGUUCUCGCACUACGGCCGCAUUAUAAACUCCCGUGUGCUCGUCGACCAGUCCACAGGUAUGUCACGCGGCAAGGCGUUCAUCCGCUUUGACAAGCGUUCAGAGGCCGAGGAGGCUGUGAAAAACCUCAACGGCCAAAAGCCACCCGGGGCCUCCGAGCCCAUUUCAGUGCGCUUCGCUGCCGACCCUAAUCAGGUGAAGAACACGCAGAUCAUCUCCCAGCUCUACCACAACCAGUCGAGACGCUUCGCCGGGCCAAUGCACCACCAGGCGCAGCGAUUCAGAUUCUCCCCUAUGGGCGUGGACCACAUGGGCAGCGUGGGCGUCCCGGGCAACUCUGCCUCGGGCUGGUGCAUCUUCAUCUACAACCUCGGCCAGGACGCCGACGAGAGCGUCCUCUGGCAGAUGUUCGGCCCCUUCGGCGCCGUCACUAACGUCAAGGUGAUCCGCGACUUCAACACCAACAAGUGCAAGGGCUUCGGCUUCGUCACCAUGACCAACUACGAGGAGGCGGCCAUGGCCAUCGCCAGCCUGAACGGUUACCGCCUGGGCGACAAGACCCUGCAGGUGUCCUUCAAGACGAGCAAGGGCCACAAGUAGAGGCAGGGGGAGGGGACAAUGGAGCAUAGAGAAGUGCGAUCCGCUCGGUUUAACGCGUUCACUCAACACCGCACCUUUGGUCUAAAAAGUGUCCUGGAACUUAUCCAUGUCGCUCGUUGUUGUUUCCCACAUUUUCUGGAGCGUGGGACUUAAGUAUCAAGGUUAGUCAUUCAAAACCUUCAAACACCCGCUACUUUAAUACACACGAAGCAGCAAUACAUACAAACAGAACAUACAACAAUACUCGUAGGCAUAUAUUCUUUCUGUUUUGUGGAAAACUGACGCUUUUGGUGUAGAAUCCCAACAUGCAAAGUAAUUUUGCAUUCAUUCACAUUUGGAGCCAUGAUUUGCUCUGCAAUUUGUUUCCUUGUGGAGAAGUAGCCCACGGUCCUGGAUUAUUGUCACAUGUAGACAUAGAGGCCUUAAAUUAUAAUAAUCCAGUGGAUGUAAAUGUGAGAGCAAAGCACUUUUCCCUCGCCCCCUCUCAGUUGCUCUAAAUAUCCAAUUUGAUGUGAAUCAACAAGUUUGCUCGGCCGCCCUGCAGGUAGAAAUCUGAGUCUUUUUAUUAUUGUUGUUGUUUGUAUGGAAAAAGUCGAGGUUGAGGAGGGGACUGUGGUGGACCAAAUGCAGGAAAGGAAGGAUUCAAUUGUUCACUCUUGCUUUCUAUUUACCUUUUUUUUUUUUUUUUUUUUCUCCUCUCCCACUUUUGAAAGAGGUACUCAAAGAGUUUUAUCUGACUGACUGAAUGAAGCAUCGCUUUUUUCCCCCUUUCAUUUGUGUUGUUUAAUCUUAACUAAAGCAAGCAUUUUUGUUGUUUUUGUGAGUUUCCUUUUAGCAGGGGCAGGUUUGUUUGGUUGGUUGUCAUUGUUUUAACAAGUUUUAACAAGUGCUCAUCUCAAGUUUGGAGUGAAACAAAUGGCCUUUGUUGAUGAUUACACUUUUUGUUUCAGUUGUUUCCCUUUUCAACUCAAACCAUUAAAUUUAAAUUUGUUUUGCGAAACCUUUGCUUUGUUUGUUUUUUUUUCUAUUUUCUUUACCGUAUUUUCUUUUUUCUUCAAUUUGGCCCCAAUAAAAUUAUUUAAAACAUCACAGUUGCAAAUAUUUGAAAACAAUGAACAGUUUUUAACCUUUUUUAAAAGCUGAAUUGAUCGUUAAAAAUCGUGAAAUGAAGCAGUGUUGUGCACUUACUGCAGGUUAUGAGAUGGAUUAAAACAAUUUGUUUUAAUUUAAAUUGCUUUUAAUUGCCCAUCCUAUUAUAGCUGCCAGUACUCAUUUGGUCCAAUUUUCUCUCUGAAGUGGCCAUUUUAAACCCAAGUUGUUUAAGGUUCCUAUUGAAUUUAUGAAGUUGACACUUCUCAAGCAAAUGUUUUUGUUUGCUUUUUUUUUGUAACAGUUCAUCUGAGUUUUUACAAUUUAUUGUUUGCUUCUUUUAACAGUUCGUCUGAGGUUUUGAGGUUUUUCUCCAUUGCAUGGGAAGUCAGAUCAAAUGGGCUGUAGGUCCCCCUCCACCUCGACAUCGUCUCCCCACAAUUCCAGCAUUCUCACCGUUACCAAGCUUUAAAAACGUGAUUUUUGUUGGGAAGUUGUUGUCUUUGAAAUGUGUGCAAUAUGUGGUGACUUGCUCAAAGCAGGUAAGGCCCAUCUCUUUUUUUAAAAGUCAUUUAUUUAUUUUCUACUGCCAUUGGCACUUUGUACUAUGGUUCCUCAAACAGGUGAGUGAGUGGGCUGGGGAGGCGCUGUUUUCGGCCUUAAUUUAUGAGAGCAGGGGGAACUUUGUUUAUCGGCACACUGUAUUUAUUCAUGUAUGCAGUGUUUUUUAAUGGAGGACUUGUGCAGAGCUAAACUGGCGUCCGUUAAAUGUCUUAACGUUGAUCAUGUCAAUAAAAACAAUGGAGUCUUUUAAGGAAGGCAUGAGCUUGUGUGUUUUCGGGGAGGAAGCAACUUUAGAACAUCGGACAAUGUUUCAGUCACUUCAUUGUCUUCAGAGAUGGUGCUUGGAUGGAUGAACGAAGCAAAAAGUGUAAGUGAAAAUAAAGGAUAAUUUUCCUUUCCGGGACGCAAUUUUUACAUAUGCAAAUUAUGACUUUCCACAAGAUACAGCGUAAUAUUCCUGGUCCUCUGCUUACGGCGAUCCCGACAUGACUUUUCUUGUUUUUGCAGUUGCAAACGGAACACAGCGGUACAAGAAGGCGAGUUCAGUUGCCUCCAUACGGGUUAUUUUUAUGGCCUCAGUGUGGCUUUCAUUGAAAUAUUUGACUUUCGAGGUUACAAAAGGCACGCUCCGUUCCCGUCACCCUGUUUUUCAUUUGAUCGAAUUAAGUUUAUGGCCUUUGUACACAAAUACAGGCACAGCUAGCUAGAAUAGUUCAAAAGCUUAAUUUAGUUACAUAGUCAAUUCAAAAAGUGAAAUUCGCCAGAUCCUUCGAGCCAAGCAGGUCCGUUGUACGAAUGUUUGCCAGUUGCGGGCCAGACCGUAAAACUUAACGGUCGACGUGAUUGGUUCGGGGCGGGUCCAGAGACCAAACGCGCGAGAAAUUUGAACAAUUUAACAAAACGUGUUCAAACUUGUUGGUUCAACCUUGCGUCUGACCGAGGAGGUGGCCGUCGGAACCGUGAACCCAGGUAACACGAGAUGCAACUAAUAUUUUAAUGAAAUGGCUUAAUGUAUGUUGAGCCUGAGACCAAUGGACGAAUAACUUCUGACAAGUAGUGGAGAGUUGUCUUGAGUUUUGUUCUUCAUCACUGAUUUGUAAUUGCAAAUAUUUUCUGUCUGCAGAUUCGAACCGGAGGCUGCUCUAUGACAACCCAGAACCAUACCAAACGUGUGCAGUGUUUUAAAUUGUCUUGAUCGUCAUUAUUAUUUUGAAUCAGUUUAUUUAAGCAAAUAUUUGAAACUUACUACAACAUGCAGUAUGUGGCAUUUACCAUAUUGUUCUGUAACUAUUAAUGUUCAGAAUACUGUUAGUCGCAAGUGAAAAUUUGCUUGAAAUAAGUGAAAUGCAUCAAGUUACCUUUUAGGUGAUAAUUUAAAUGAGAUGAGCUUUUUUUUUAAAUAUAGUCUAAAUGUCUUAUUUGUAGACAGUUCUCAUUACAUUUAAAACAAGAUUCAUGACUAUCUAAAAACCUGUUUUCAUGAUUUUCACUUGUUUCAGGCUAGUUUUUACUUAAGAUUUUUAAGAAAAAACUGAUUUUCUAUUUAGAUUUUGCUUGUAACAACAAAAUAAAAAGUUUUUUCGAUGAGUGCAUGCAGAAUUGAGUUUACUUGCACCAUCUGAAUUUUCAUGUUUACAAAUUAAAAUGGUAAACCUUUGGUUACUAUUGUAAUGUACUUCAAAUAUGUUGUUUAUGAGUUUUAGCCUUUAGCAUGCUAAUGUGUGCCAUGUAAUGAUGCAGUUGUAAAUAAAUGUCACUUUAAUGAAACUUCAA